UCACAUUACUUGGUCAUUGGGGUCCGUUUCCUGUGAUUACUCCCCCAUCUCCAUACAUGUCCCGUCUGGGAGAGGUGGAGAAGACCAAAUUAGACCCUGUCGCUACAGGUACAUCAUAGGUGGGCAUGGAGAGUAGGUGGAGCUGCUGCUCUCAUGCUGUGCGGAGCAGAAAACACCGUCAGAUGAGCUCCGGAGGGGAAACGACGAGGACUGCUGUCUGAGAGAGAAACUUUAGGGAUUUAUAACACGGAGCAGCGCGUGGUGUGGCCACUUUGGGUGACCCAACCUGAAAGUUUGUCAAGUGACACACCUCUGAAUACAGGUGCCCCAACAUGCACUCUUUUAUCCUUCCUGGUCUCCUCCCAGCGCUGCUGCUGCUGCUGCUUCAUGUCCAGCAGGCCACCUCAGUGCAGGAGAUCCACACCAGCCAUGAGAACAUCCUGAAGAUCAACUCAGCAGGAGAAAUGAUGCAGUGCUCAGCAGCCAUGGAUAUCCUCUUCCUCAUGGACGGCUCUUACAGUGUGGGGAAAGGCAGCUUUGAGAGGUCCAAGCACUACGCCAUCAAACUCUGCCAGGCAUUAGACAUCGCACCAGACAAGGUGCGAGUCGGUUUGAUCCAGUUUGGUUCCAAGCCUCGGCUUGAGUUUGCGCUGGACUCUCAUACAACAAAACAAGAGCUAAAGAAGCACAUGAAAAAAGUUUCUUACAGGGGAGGCAGCACUCAGACAAGCCUGGCUCUGAAGUACAUUCUGAGGAAAGGUUUCCCAGGCGGCCGCAACUCCUCCACGGCAGCCCAGAUAGCCAUCCUGUUAUCAGAUGGGAAGUCUCAGGGUAACGCUGUGCAGGCGGCUGCUCAGCUCAAAGAGGCAGGCGUGGUCCUGUUCACUGUGGGCCUCCGCUAUCCCAGGUGGGAGGAACUUCAUGCCAUGGCCAGUGAGCCAAUAGAGAGCCAUGUGUUCUUUGCAGAACAUUUUUAUGAUGCUGUCAACGGCUUGUACACCACGCUGUCCACCUUCUCUGUCUGCAACGCCACACCUGCAGGUUGUCAUGUGGAGGUGUUUCCCUGUGAGCGGAAAACAUUGGAGACAGUGAAAGAGCUGCUGGGGAAUUUCAUGUGUUGGAAAGGUGCCAAGGGUUAUUCCCCAUACACGUCUCUCUGUCCCCACUACAGGUACAACAAGGUGUAUAGAAGACACCAGACAGUCUGCCAUCGGACCAUCUGUCCAGAUCCAUGUGACUCCCAGCCCUGUCUGAAUGGUGGAACCUGUGUAUCAGAAGGGCCAGAGGAUUACAGCUGUGUAUGUCCACCUGGCUAUGGAGGAGACCCUCACUGUGCUCCUGCACUGUCUCUGGACUGCUCUGUGGACUUGCUCUUCCUGGUGGAGGGCUCGGCCACACUCACCUUGGAAGGCUUCCUCCGCCUCAAGUUCUUCCUAAAGCGUUUCCUGCAGACCGUGAUCGGGUCUGACAGCCCCAGUAAAGUCGGUCUGGCUUUGUUCGGAGGAGAGACCAAAGUCGUGGCCCCCGUGGGAAAGUUCAACAAGAACCUUAAGGGUCUUCUUAAAGCUGUGGAGGCUCUACAGCCAAUAGGAGGAGAGACCCUGACAGGACAGGCCCUCCGCUACGUCACGCGUCACGGCUUUGUGAGUGCUCCAGUGUUCGCUGACGUCACAGAUGAUCUCCCCCGUGUGGUGGUGCUGCUCACCUCCUCUCCUUCUGCCGAUGAAGUGGUCGAGCCUUCAAAGUAUGCUCGAGACAGAGAGAUCUUCCUGAUCGGGUUAGGGCCGGACUUCUUAAAGGGACAGCUUAAUAACAUCACAGGAAAUCCUCAGAGGACGAUCACCUACUCAUCUCCUGAGUUCAGUGCCAAAAUCCCUGAGCUCAAGGCUAAGAUCUGCAGUGUGGACACACAAGGUUGCCUUGGUCAAGCGGUGGACCUCGUCUUCGCUCUGGAUGCCUCUUCUGGCGUUGGCAGUGAAAACUUUGUCACCCUUCGUGACUUUGUGCGCAGCCUCACCGUCCAGUUCGACAUCAACCGUGACGUGGCACAAGUGGCUCUCGUCACCUACGGUCGCAGAGCCACCACCGUCUUCAACCUGGACACCCACGACAGCGGCUCGGCCAUACUCAAAGCUGUAGCCGACGCCAACUACUUAGGCGGAGUGGCUUCGACUGGUGCGGCAUUGCUCCAUGUUCACUCCAACGUCCUGACGGUGGCUAAAGGCGCUCGGCCCGGAGUCAACAAAGCUGUGGUUGUGGUGACGGACGGGUCAGGCGGGGAUGAUGCUCUGGUCCCAGCUCAAAAGAUCAGAGAUAAUGGAGUGUCUCUGUUUGUGAUCGGUAUUGGAGACGUGCAGAAAGAGAGGCUGCUGCAGAUCGCAGGUACAGAGGAGCACAUGAUCUCUGUGCCAUCAUACGAGGACCUCAAGUAUUUUGAGGAUGUGCUGGUGCAGAUGUUGUGUUCAGAGGUAAAGAAGCCGGUGAACCUGUGUAAGCCCAACCCGUGUAUGAAUGAUGGGAUCUGCAUCUCAACCGGAGGAAGCUUCCGCUGUCAGUGCCAAGGCUUUGAAGGACCACACUGUGAAACAAAGAGCAGCAGACCUUCAGCUAGAGGAGAUCGUCCAAGGCCGGCUGCUCUGAGGAAGAAGAGCCGGCAGAAGAAGAGUCACCAGGAGCUCCUUCAUCACUACAAACUGCACCGCAGGAGACACACUGCCUGAUACAGCUGACACAUAAGAAAAAAAUACAAUACACAUAAAAGUCUUUAUUGAACUAUUUAAAAACCAAGGAUGAGUACACUGGAUUAAAAUAUGAUUACUGGUAAAUAUUUAAACGUGCACUCACCUUGAAAAAGUGCCUUCAUACUGUUUCUAUUUCUACUGCAGAGUCCGUGUUUGUAUCUGCUGUUGAGUUGACAGCCAGUCUGUACUCACUGCAUCAGAUGUAAACUGUAUAUCAUAUCAGUGUUUAUCCAGGUCUAGAUGUAAUUAUUUGUACUGUACAAUCACCACAAAACUCUCUCAUUUGGAAACUGGACUGACAAUUCUUGAUGUCAAGCAGCUGUUUUAAAUUGUAUGUAUAUUUUUUAUAUUCCUUUAACUAAAUAAUUGUAUAAAAUGUG